CACUGUCUAACUUAUACACACGUAUAUAUACGCCCUCGUCCUGUAAUAGGUAGGUAAUCUUGCUGAUUUAACGAUCAAACCAGACUUCUAUUCAUUAAUAAAUACUUCUUUUCUUCCAAGUUCAAUCUUAAAAUAACUACCUAAAAUACCAAAUCUCCAGAUUUCAUAAUGGACAACCCAUACCUUCAACAAAUCCCACAAUCAGGGAUACACACCAUGCCUGACCAGCCUCAGUUUUCGGAUGACGAAAAAAAGCGUUACUCGGAAUGGGCCACACCGCUCACGCGUGUCGCGAUGGGCCUUGCACACUUGUUACCGGAAGUCGACGGCGCAGCGCUUGUCGAGUUCAUCGAAUUUCCAAAGAUAUGGCUGGCUUUAUCUAAGUUUAAAAGUGAAUACUGGUCACUCUCCGAAUAUGACGACCCGCACCGGUUUAUCAGCAGCUAUGAUCUUAGGAAAGCCGCGGUUAGCUUCCAACUUUCUCCCGUAGUCGACUCCCCGGAUGUCAAACUCAGAAGCCUACGCCCAACGCUAGCGCACCAUCAUAUCGCGAACUUCAUGCGAGAAGUAUUCGCUUGGACCGUACUGGAGAGAGCCGAUUUGGCGAUUCGGCGGUAUUUACUGCCAGGGCGUAAAUACCAACUUCCUAUUCUAAUUGGUACGCUUGCGGCUUAUUUAUUUGUUUCCGCCAACAAUCCUAUGUAUGGAAACCUCGUAGAGGGGCCCUCCGGCUCAUCGUCACAGAGGCAAAAGCUGCCGGUGUAUCCGGAAUGGCGGGCCCGUCACAAUCCCAACGACCCGGAAGCUUCUCGGCGUCUCCUAUACUUAUUUCAUGAGAGUCGCGAUCGUCAUCGCGUACGGCAGGAGUAUAGUGAGGCUGGGUGGUUGGAGAUCGUGAUGCGACGAUUGGAGCCAGAAUUCUUACGUAUUCAAAACAGAGAAGAAGAAAAAGAAAACUACGCAGACCGUAGGAAGGUGAGUCAGAGUGAUGUUGACGACUUUCUUAACACCUUCACCUAGGCUCCCGUAUUCAUGGGCAUACCUUCGAUCUAUUAAUACAUACACAUCUCUCCCACGCCGCCGAGAGAAAUAAUACAUAUCAUACCUAUUUAGGACUUGAC